AUGAGUGAGCAACGUCCUGGAGCUGCGUACGAAGUCUACUCUCUAUGUGAGGAUCUCGUGGACAAACUGAAGCUUUUGGAGUAUGAAAAAGAGCUUUUGCCGAAAGUUGAUGGAUUCAAGAUUAUUCCACGGUAAGCAAUCUAUCGUAUAAAUAGACAUAGGUAUAUGUUUACUAUAAAUUGACCAAAACUUAAAAUUUCAAAAAUAUUUUUUAAAAUUCAAAAAUAUAUUCAACAAGCUCAUAAAAUUCCAUUUAGACACUACUUUGCUCAAUCCACAAACUCAGGAGAGCAGUUUUUCAUGUUCACCGAGUUGAUUGCAUGGCUAAUGCGCAAAGCCCAGUGGAAGGAUGUUAAUAUCCCUAGUUUUAACGAUGAUCCUAACAUGAUAGUGAAUAUGGUAUUAGAAGCGUUGAGAGCAAAAGGAAUUGAGGGGAAUUAUGCGACACAAAAGUUGAAAAACGGCAGUGGUCGACAAUGUGUGGAGGUGUUACUGGCCGUCACUGAGGCUGCUCUUAUUGCCAAUUCAUUUCAGUUCGAACGGUAUGGAUACGAGAGUUUAUACAAACCACAAAAUAAUAAUAAAAGAACUAAUUGAAUUUUCAGAAUGAUACCAAUAGAAACACAGGACGAAAACGAAGAAGCAGAUCAACAACGAGAUGAAGAAGUUCAGUCAGAGGUAAGAUGUUAUAUAAGAAAGAGCAUAAAUUCGAUUACAAGACUAAAAAAUGGUUAGAACUUUCUCUCUAUAGCAUUAAUUGGCAAAAGCUUUCAAAACAAAAAAUUGUCAGUCAUCGUAUAAAUUGUCACCUGCAGGCUGCACACGAUUAUUUUUACUUUUUUAUAUUGAAAUAGCAGGAACUUUGUUUACAAAACAAGACCGUUCUUUAAAAAAAGUAAAAUGACAAAAACUUUCUUUACAGGACAAUGACAACAAAAAAUUUAUUUACAGAGUGUAAAAUUACUAUAAUACUUACUUUUGACUCUAACCUUGAAUAGUUUUUCAGACAGACGAAGAAAGCCUUGGAAUAGCUGAAGACGAAGAUGACGUUGCUGAAAUAACUGAACAACGACCUUUAGACAUACAAGAAGAAAUGUUCAACGUAGGUUACUAUACAACAACUUUUUUUCACCGUAGCCAUCAUUAAGACAAUGCUGAAUCUAAAACUAGGAUAGAUAUGGCAGCUACGGUAGAAAGAGUAUGGUAAUGUAGGUGAGGAUAGGGGCAGGGGUCAGAAGCGGGCCGGGCCCAACUUUAGCUCAAGGCCGGCCCGUUUCUUACCUUGAGAUAGGGUAGACUAAGAUAAGGGGAGAAUGUAAGGUAUGUAAGGCUAGAGUAAGGAAACAAACCUGCCGUUCUAUCCUAUAAUACUCUGUUCGAAAAGGGGUUUAACCUCCAUUUUCGAGUUCAAAAUUCCAACAGUUUGAUACUUUAUAAAAUUUUACUGUUUCAAAAAUUACAACAAAUUUGGGAUAAAUAGUAAUCAAUUAAACAACGAUAGGAUAAAUUGACAAUAAAUAUAGAUUGAACAAACAGAUACAAAAUUGAAUAAAAACCUAACUAUUCGGCUCAAAGGUACAAUAACUUGCUACAAACCAAGAUCUACUCUAAAAUACUCUACUCAAAAGAUACAAUAACUUGCUACAAAAUGAAAUCUACUCUAAAUACUUCUAAACGAUACUAUAACAACAUACAAACAAAUCGUUACUAAAAUACUGCUUCUAAGGGCCUACUCUAAAUACUCUACUGAAAUGAUACAAUAACGUCCUACCAAUCGUUAUCUUUCCUACCUAAAAUUCAAGAACAAUAAUAACAAAAUGAUAAACUAACGUAAUUUCCUGUAUCGGUCACGGUGUCAGUGUGGUGUGUGGGUCGUCUGGGUCUGUGAUCGUCGUCGUCGUGGGUCCAGGGUGUGGGGUCGGUGGGUGUGCGGGUCGUCUGGGUCUGUGAUCGUCGUCGUCGUGUUGUUGGCUUGCUGGAUCAGUUGGUCGACCUCUUCUUGAGUGCACGUCGACCUCUCUCCUCGUUGUCAGUCCACACAACUGAAUUUUCAACCCAAAGACAAUGACAAAACCAUUGCCUCAGGUUUCGGCCGCGAAAAAAGCCAAAUCGAACGAGAAAAGAGAACGCUUUUUUGCGUCGGUUCGCGCCCUGAUCAGUGCGGGCUGCGCGAUCUUUUUCUCCGAAAGGAUAAUAAGUAAAGGUUUAAAUUACAGUUUAAAAGUGUUUUAAUCAAAAUAGUAAAGUCUAAAUUAAAGUAGUAAAGUAAUAAAGUAUAUUUUAACUCUAAUAUCUCACAAUUUGUGAGAUAUUUGACAACUCUAUAAUAAAAAAAUAUUCAGACCCAAGAACCCCUACAACAAAUCCUCCACAGUACCACAACAUCAGACGCGAUUAAAACCGAGUUGGAUCGUGUGCUUCCUCAACUACGUGUCACUGUACGUGCUACUGAUAAGCAUUGGAAAAUGCAUUCAGAACAACUGUCACAACUUCAAAAGAAUCUCAACUCAUAUUACGAAAGUAUUCGACCGUUUUUGGCCCAACUUUCCGGAGAUUUGAAACAAAACGUGGACAAGAUAAACUCAAGAGAAAAACACCUGAAUGAGCAAUUACACAAUGUACUACAGGAGUACAGAGUGGCAAGGAAUUCUUACGUUGAGAAUAUGGAAAAGUACAAGUAAGUGGAUUGUAAAGAAAUUUCUUGCCAUUUUUUGUGUUGUAAAGAAAGUUUUUGUCAUUUUUUUUAUUACCAAGAAAGUUUUUGUCAUUUUUUAUUUAUUACCAUCUUAAGUUGUUGAAAACAAAUUCUUGCCAUUUCACUUUUCAAAACCUUGCCACACAAUUUCAUUCCAGAGAAGCCAGCGUAGGCCUAGAUCAACGACAACAAACCCUACAACAAAUUGGGGACGAAAUCGACCAACUAAAACAACAAAUCGAGCGACAAGGAGCUGAAAACCUAAAUGGGGCUUCAUUGAUCAAAAUCCAAUCAGCAAUUACAAAGAUGGAACGACGAAUCUUAGAAGCUACCGUACAAAUUGCUGUAGUUGAACAACAGCUACACAAUGGAGAACUGAAUGAAAAAACUUCUAACCUUUACGGAAUGUACUAA